UAAUCGAUGAGUUCGUGACUGAAGGUCUGAGAGGAAAGUUGGAUUCUCAACGGGGUCUCAAAUCCAAAGUAACUCGUCUUCUGUUUCGCUUAAAAAUGGGGCAUAAGAUCAUAGAUAUUAAGGAUGAGUUAGAUGCUAUUGCAAGCGAGAUAACUACGCUUCAUUUGAGGGAGAUUGUUGUGGAAACUGAAGUUCAUGAGAUGGAGAGAGGACAAACUAGUUCACUCGUUAAUGAAUCGGAAAUUUAUGGGAGAAAUGAUGAGAAAGAAGAGAUAAUUAAACUUUUGAUCGACAAUUUCAGUUGCGAUGAUGAUGUUUCUGUUUAUGCUAUUUGUGGUACGGGGGGACUUGGAAAGACUACACUUGCUCAAUUGGUCUACAAUGAUGGAAGGAUAAAGUGGCACUUUGAGUUGCGUAUUUGGGUUUGCGUCUCUGAUGUUUUCGAUGUAGAGAGACUAAUAAGAGCAAUCCUAGAGUCCAUACAAGGCCAUCGAUGUGAUAUCUCUAACUUGGAUCCACUUUUGCAUCACCUCCAAGAAAAAUUGGGCGGUAGGAAAUUUUUACUUAUCUUGGACGAUGUUUGGAAUGAGUACCAUGAGAAAUGGGAUGGGCUAAAACAAGCUCUGAGGUGUGGAGCUAAACGCAGUACUAUUAUAGUAACCACAAGGAUUCAGAAAGUUGCUCUUAUUAUGGCUACAAUACUUCCUAUACGCCACUUGGCUUAUUUAUCGGAGGAUGAUUCUUGGUCCUUAUUUAAGCAACGUGCUUUUGGCAACAGAGGAAGGGAGGAAAACAUUCAAUUGGAAUUGAUUGGGAAGGAUAUUGUGAAAAAAUGUGGAGGAUUACCCUUAGCAAUAAAGGCUUUAGGAAGCCUUAUGCAAUUUAAAAGCAGUGAAAGUGAGUCGUUAUCUGUGAAGGAGAGUAAAAUUUUGGAUUUAUCAGAUGGUGGAAAUGCUGUCUUACCUGCUUUGAGAUUGAAUUAUGAAGCUUUGCCUCCACAUUUGAGGCAAUGUUUUGCUUAUUGUUGCAUAUUCCCCAAAGACUAUACAAUGAAGAAAGACGCGUUGAUAGAGAUGUGGAUGGCGAAUGGUUUUAUUCCAUCUAGAGGACAAACAACUUUGUAUGAUAUGGGCCAUCAGAUUUUUGAUCAAUUGGUUUGGAGGUCUUUCUUACAAGAUGUGAAGGAAGAGCAAGGUGAAACAACAUGUAAAAUGCAUGAUCUUACGCAUGAUCUUGCGGAAUCAAUUAUGAGACACGAAUGUUUUAUCAUGGACUCUCGUAAGGGGCUGAAACUACCAAAAAAGGUUCGUCACUUGUCUUUUAAUGUAAGUUCAACACCGAUGAUUCAUUGUAAUGAGGUUAUGUUUAAAGUUCCAUCUUUGCGGUCUUGCAUUUUACUUUCAAACCAAUAUUCUUGCAAGGACAAUGAUUUUUCUUGGAUUUCAAAACAGAAGUAUCUUAGGUUGUUAGAUUUGAGUGGCAAAAUUGACGAGAAGGUAGCAGUGUCAAUUUCCAAUUUCAAGCAUCUUAGGUUCCUCAACAUGUCAUACUCUUACAUAAAAACCCUACCAGAAUCAAUAAGUGGUCUCCAACACCUGCAAACAUUGAAACUAAAUUAUUGUGAAGAGAUUUGUAAGUUGCCCAAACGCUUGAAGCAUAUGAGAAAUCUCACAUGCCUAGACAUCAAAGGGUGUGACUCCCUGACUUCUAUGCCUACUAAUAGGGGACAAUUAACUUGUCUACAAAGACUAAGCAUAUUCAUUGUGGGCCAAGAUGAGGGUUACCAAAUUAGCGAGCUGAAGGAAUUAAAUCUUGGGGGAGAGUUGAGCAUAAAGGAGCUUGAAAACGUAAGAAAUUCAGAAGAUGCGAAAAGAGCCAAUUUGAAGAGCAAACUUGAUCUUAUUUCUUUGAAUUUAUGUUGGAGCGAUAGCAACAAAGAAAGCAUACCAAAGAAUGUUGAAGAAAUUCUUGAGAAUCUUUGA